CUUUGACUGCAUCAGUCUUCUUCUUGUCCUUCCAUCUCUCCAUGUUGAAGCUCAGAAGAGAAGACCAUGACCAUCUCAAUGUCUAAUCAGACUGCUGUCACUGAGUUUAUCCUCCUCGGGUUUCCAGGUCUACAUUCGAAUUUCUUUCUUCCAGUCUCAAUUACAAUGUUUGUUGCCUACAUUGUUUCAUUGAUUGCAAAUAGCACAGUCAUCAUAUUAAUUAUCCUGAGAGAACAACUCCACCACCCCAUGUAUAUUAUUAUUGCUAACCUCGCUCUCUCUGACCUUCUCUUUGACACAAUAACAUUACCUAAAAUCAUUGCCAAAUAUUGGUUUGGAGCAGGAUCUAUAACAUUCUAUGGCUGCUUUUUCCAGCUCUUCUGUGUCCAUUCCCUUGGAAGUCUUCACUCCUUCAUCAUUAUGCUGAUGGCUAUUGAUCGUUAUGUUGCUAUCUGCAAACCUCUCAGGUAUCACUCCAAUAUCACCAAUAGACUGGUGACUCUUAUCUGCUACAUUUUCUGGGUCUGUGCUGCUCUAAUUGGAUUAGCUGUUACUUUCAUUUCUGGACUUCUUCCUUACUGUGGACCCAACCGUGUCAAGAACUGUUUCUGUUCAAAUGCAGCGGUACUUUCAUUAGCGUGUGCUGAUGUUUCUUUGGAAAGAAAAAAAGGUUUUAUUAUUGCUAUAUGUGUGCAUCUCUUCCCAUUGGCUUUUAUUAUUCUCUCAUAUAUUCUCAUAAUCAGGGUUGUGCACUUAUCAGCCAACAAUGGAAACUGGCAGAAGGCAUUUUAUACCUGUACCACUCAUUUAAUUGUCAUUGGCUUGUACUUUAUCCCCAGGUUGUUUGUUUAUAGUACCAGUCAGAUUCCUUUGAUUCUUGAUGCUGAUAUGAACACCUUAAUUAUUUGUCUCUACACUUUUAUUCCCCAUAUAGCUAGUCCUAUAAUUUUUUGCCUAAGAACCAAAGAAAUUAGAACUAUUUUGGAGCAUGUGUUUAAUAAUAUCUUCCACGUGGAACAUGAGUACAAAUCUAGAAUAAUAAAAUGA